GUUUAGCAGGUGCAUUUAGAAGUACAGCGUCCCUCUCUUUCCCUCUCUCUCUCUCUUUUCUGUUGACUCGAUAUUGGGGUUGGAGACUUGGAGUAACAUGUUCUCGAGAGAUCUGAUCUUGGUUUUACUCUUCUCUGAGUGUUGCCUACUACUCGCUACUUCUGCUCAAGGACAAGACGAGUUAGACAGUUACGACGAGCUGGACACUUACGAGGAAGGAGACGGUGCUGUUAGUGCAGCUGACAUCCAGGAGUGCCUACGUACAGAGCACAAGGGAACAUGGCACAUCAGAUGGAGUGAUGAACUAGCUGCUAAGGUACAGCAGAACUUGAACAAAUGGAUUCAUGUUAGUUACUACAGCAAGAACUGGAAAGGGAAGUUUGACGGAUUAGAAGCAGUUGUAUACAAAGUUCAUGGGACAAAUAACCAGCCUUCUUCCUAUGUCUGCAAGGAUUUCAGAUAUCUGAAAUACGAUAAAAUACGAGAGAUCUCUGUCCGAGACGGUGCAGCGGAGACAGGAUGUGGAAUGAAACUCAGUGGUAACUCUGUGACAGUCUUGUGUUUGUACAGGACAAAGAUUGAUGGUUAUGUGCCUGUUGUUCGUUGGGACAAGUGAAAACAAACUGUUACUACAAUUUGAUGCAGAUUUUUGAUACUAUACCGAUUUAGCAUUUAAAUAAUAAGGGAGAACAAUUAUUAAACAA